CUGAUCACGACGUCACAUGUGCGUAUAGUUUAAUCCGUGCUUGUCAAGUAGUUUUGCAAUUGUGAAAAAUUGUCGGUGCAUCGGCUGUGAUCUGUGAUCGGCUGGUUGUAUACGAUCGACGACGAAAAAUGCAUGUUCAAUGUUAAGGGAUGAUGAAUCGACUCGCAUGCGAGUGACAAUGCUUCCAAAUGAGGUCCUGUCGUAAACGAAACAGUCAAUCGACGUGAAAGAGAUAUUACGAAACUUUGACAAGCGCAACUCUGACCAUCUCAUAGAAAUUCAGAGAUAAUGUAUUGCCUACAGUGGCUGAUCCCGGUGUUGCUGAUACCGAAACCCGUGAACCCAGCGCUGUUGCAAACCCACGUCAUGUUCAUGUCACUUUAUCUGAUUGGGUUCUUCCUAGAACGCAAACCCUGCACUAUUUGCAGUUUUGUGUUUCUUGCUGCUGCCGUCCUCAUUUGUUACAGUGGAAUAGGCAAUUGCCUGCUUUGGAGCACAAAUUGUGACACAGUAAGAUGCGACAAUGGCUAAGAUAAUGUCAACUGUGCUUAACUUAAUAAUAUUUAGAGAAAUUAUUCCCUUGUCAGUUUUUUUCCCUAUUGCGUGCACAUAUGAGUGAAUUUUUGCCAUUCUCUUCCUCUUUUUCUCCAU